AGUGAAACAAUGAUUUCUUCACCUCACUGAAGAAUCUCAUCUUUCAUUUUGAUCUCCUUUCCCGACUGUUCUUCUUCUUCUUAUCAUGGCUUCUUCAAUGGCUUCAAUAUUCCGAUUCGUUCAGAAAGAUAUUAAAUUGAGGACAUAUGAUGGCCUUCACAGAAGAAGCUCCUGCUCAAGUGUUGAGCAACUUCAAAUCCAACUGGAUUUGAAAUGCGGCAAUUCAGUAUAUAACAAUAGAAGAAAUUGGGCUAUCCUAAGCAGUACCCGGAGACCCGUUGUCGCUACGGCCUCCCCCUACUCAAUUGUUCCAGCUUCUCGUUGCUGUAAAGUUUUGUGCAAAGCAGCAGAUAAUGUAUCUGGGAGUAGUGACACCAGUGGAAUGAGCCAGUAUGAGAGCAUAAUUGAAACAUUAACAACUCUUUUCCCCGUGUGGGUUAUAUUGGGGACAAUUAUUGGUAUCUAUAAGCCAGCUGCGGUUACUUGGUUGGAAACAGACCUUUUCACUGUUGGCUUGGGCUUCCUCAUGCUUUCCAUGGGAUUGACAUUGACAUUCGAAGAUUUCAGACGUUGUCUCCGGAACCCAUGGACAGUGGGUGUAGGGUUUCUUGCUCAGUAUUUAAUCAAACCCGUGUUAGGCUUCUUUAUUGCAUUGACCCUGAAACUUUCUGCUCCUCUUGCAACUGGUCUUAUUUUGGUCUCAUGCUGCCCUGGAGGUCAGGCAUCAAAUGUUGCGACCUACAUAUCCAGAGGAAAUGUGGCACUCUCAGUUCUCAUGACAACCUAUUACUACAAUUUGUGGACUAAAUAUCUUAUGGUUUGGUUUGUUUGA